AUGGCCAGAGAUGCCGUUGCCCACGAUACCCGGCUUGUCAACGCGAAACUCAACGGCAACAAGCCAGUCGAUGAUGACUUUAUUCGCAAGGCUAUCGACAAAUCUAAUCUAAAUGCCCUUCGACUUGCUUUGCUACAGGUCACAGGCGAUCCCCGACUGGCCAAGAUGAGCACUUGCCGUCGCGCCAUCCGUGGAGGCGCCAUGUUUUCUCACGUUCUAUCCGAUGAAGACGCACCACUUCUCAAAGAGAUUGCAUUCAACUAUCUAUCGCAGCGCAAAUCUGACGAUGCUGUUCCACCUCCCCCUUCAAAGGAAGAGACCAGAAAGCUAUUGGAUAUUUUUGGAGACGAAUCAAUCCAAGAUGUCGAGUUCAACUACAACUACGAGGAACUGGCCUUUGAAGAGUUUCCCAGGAACGCCAAGUGGAGCGACAAAAAGCCUUCGGCUGAGGCUAUCGCAGACUUUCAGAUUGUCGUCAUUGGGGCUGGUAUAAGCGGCCUCGCUGCCGCGGUUCAGUUCAAGAACCUUGGUCUCAACUUUGAGGUUCUCGAGCGUCAACAAGGCAUCGGCGGCACAUGGCUCUUGAACACAUACCCAGAUGCAAGGGUCGAUACUUCAAGCUAUCUCUUCCAGUUCAAGUUUCUCAAGAACUACCCGUGGUCAGAAUACUUUGCGAGAGCAGGAGAGACACGAGGAUACCUCGAGUACGUCGCGGAAAAGUACAAGGUCAAGGAUCACUUCCACUUCAAUCGUGAGGUUAUGAGGGCGGUCUGGGACGAAGACACAAGCAAGUGGGACCUCGCAGUUAGGCAUUCGAACGGCGAGGUUGAGAACAUCAAAUGCAAUGCUAUUGUUAGUGGUAGCGGUCUCUUUGCCACACCAAACCUGCCAGAUUUUCCUGGCCUGAAGGACUUCAAGGGACCAGUCUUUCACACGGCGAAGUGGGAUCAUAGCGUGGAUUAUCGCAACAAACGAGUGGCUCUUAUUGGCACUGGCUCAACUGGUACCCAACUUGCGUCCAGAGUCGCUUCCGAGGCCAAAGAGUUCACUGUGUUUCAGCGUACGCCAAACUGGAUCAUGCACAUGGACGGCUACGGUGCCAAGAUAGACGACGAGGUACGCUUCAUCUUCAACAAGAUGCCAUAUUACUGGAACUGGUUCUGUUAUUCCGCCCACGUCGCAUCUCAACAACUACAGUACAUGCAGACCCAUGAUCAAGAAUGGAGAGCCAAGGGAGGUAUCGUCAAUGAGAGAAAUGACCUUGCCCGCAAGAAUCUUACCGAGUACAUCAAGUCUAAGUCCGAGGGAAUACCGGGUCUGUUGGAGAAGAUUCUCCCUGAUUAUCCUCCAUUGGUCCGUCGGCUUGUGGUAGACAAUGGCUUUUACGAUAUGCUUCGUCGCGACAAUGUGAAACUUGUUGCUGAGGAUAUCGAUAAGUUUACAGAAAAUGGAAUAGUCUCUGCGAGUGGCGAAGAACACGAGUUUGAUGUGGUAAUCCUUGGAACCGGGUUCAAAGUAUCAGACUACUUCUGGCCUUGCAAGUAUAUCGGUCGAGAUGGAACCACUCUGGAGGAUCUUUGGAGUAAGGAUGGUCCUCGCUCAUAUCUUGGUCUCACAAUGCCCGGUUUCCCCAACUUCUUCUCCCUUUACGGUCCCAACCACCAACCGCGCUCAGGAGGGUUCUACUCGUGGGGAGAGAUCUGGUCUCGUUAUGUAGCCAGCUCCAUUGUUCAUCUGAUCGAGAACGGGAAGAAGUCGAUUGAGUGUCGCAAAGACGUCUUCGAUGACUAUAAUGCGAAGCUUGAUGAGAAGGCCAAGGAGCUCAUCUGGGAAAUGGAAGGGAGUGGAUAUUAUGUUAACCGCUUUGGCAGGCAGAGUGUGAAUGCUCCGUGGUUUACGUAUGAUUACCACAGUAUGGUAAUGAAGCCUAACUUUGACGAUUUUGAGUUCAGGUAG